AUGUUUUUCAGUAGUGGUAGUUUUGGAGAAUCUCCAUUCUCAUCAAGAAAUGAUUGUAACUCAAGUACUAGAAGUAGCAGUAUAUCAAAAAGUGAAUCGAGUAAUGUAUUUAAUUACUUUAAUAAUAAUGAAGGUAUAGAAAAUCGUUGGAAUAAUAAUAAUAAUAAUAAUUUAGUAACACCAUCCAGAAAAGUGUCAAUAGCAAAUAAUACAACAGUAAAUAGUAUUGGUAGAAAUGAAAAUAUGAAUAGAAUACAAAGAAUGUGUUUACCUAUAAACAUAUCCAUGAUAAUCAAAAGUUUGGAAUUAAAUCCCUCAGUAUUUAAAGUGUUUGGAAGAAGAGUAAGUUCUGUGACAUUAGUUGGCUGGAUAACACAUAAAGAAGUAUUAGCAUCAAGAAUGAUAUUUAGAAUAUCUGAUGGUACUGGUGGAAUAGAUGCAAGGUUUGAUAUUGAUUCAGAAACAUUAGGGGAUGAAAUAAAUAGUUAUUUGAAUGAUUUAAGAGAAGGAACAAUUGUAAGAUUAGUUGGUCAAGUAGUACCUGGUAAGGCAGAAAUUUCAACUUAUAUAAGUUGUUAUACAGUAAUUAAAGUAACUGAAAUGAGUGAAUAUGCAUAUUUUCAUUCUAUUGAAGUUUCUUAUGUAACUAAUUAUUUUGGACAAGAAAUUGAUCAAGAUGAAUUCAAUACAAAAGAAGAAAGUAAUUUCUAUUCAUCUCCUUAUAAUAUUUUAACAGGAAAUAAUCAUACAAAUAAAUCAGAAAACGAUUAUUUUAAUCUUGAUUUAAUAAAAGACAUUAAUGUACCAGAUGAUAUUGUUGAUAAUAUACAUCAAAUUGUAUAUAAAACUUUAACAUAUGAAAUAAAUAAUUUGGAAUCUGAAGAAAAAAAAUCUCUAGGUAUUAAUAAAGAUCAUAUUAUUAAGAUACUUAAACAAUAUUAUGAACCUAAUACAAUAUUAUCAGCAAUUUCUGAUUUAGAAUCAAAAUAUGCUGUAAUAUAUGAAGCAAUGGAUAAUCAUUAUUGUGUUUUAUAA